AUGAAAAAAAAUGGCAAUAGAUCUUCUGCCGACUCCUCUCUCAAGGUUGACGAGUCAGGCAAAAAGUCUGAGAAGGUGAUGGUUCCUUUUUUUGAGUCCGACGAGUCCACGGUUUCCAUUUCUCUGAAGCCUCCUCGGUCUUCUCAGUCUCGCAGGUCGCGGUUUUCCAAGGGUCACUCUGACCCUCAUCCUCCCAGGAACUCUCGUUUUCCUGGUCGCAAGGACUCCUCCAAGCCUCCUUCCACCAAGGAGGUCGGCCUCAAUGGCGAGCCUUCUCGCGUCGCUCCCAACGACGCUUCGAGGGGUUCGUGGCCUCUUCCAAACAACGUCAACGGCGCUCACGUCUUCGCUUCCAGCAACGUCGUUGUGCCUGAGACUAGGAUCGCCUAUAUUGACCGCAACAACGUCGGCAACAUCAGGCCUCUCGCUGAGCUUUACGACAAGAACGGCUUCCGGGCUCCUCCUGAGGCUCCUGGCGACGUCGUUCACAAGAUUAAGCGCGAGUUCAAGCCUUCUUUGAACUGCGAGCUUGAUCCCAUUGGGCGCCAGUCCACUUUCGUCGACGCUCUCAUCAGGAACAGCAACUCCUUCGAGGACGUUGUUGUUGACGACUCUCAUCGCUUUGACAGGUCCGGCAAGUCUCAGGAGCUUAAGUCUGUUCUCACCAAGAUGGGCAUUCUUGAUAAGACUCACUCUCAGAAGGACGACUCUUCCUUUCCUGAGCUUGAGAAGGAUUUGGGUAACCGUUAUGUUUUUCCCAAGUACAUGACUUCUCCUGAUCCUUCCAGCAUUCCUAUUCCUGGUUCUCUUUAA